UCAGCCAGGCAGCCGGAAGAUGCAGUGUCCCAGCCGCUAUCCAGACACCCCCAGCGAGGAGCAGAGGCACAGGAAAUAAGAGACUUCAGAAAACAGCAGGUCCUUAUGGUUGAGGUGGUGUGUGGUGCCCCUUGCCAUGCCUCCUGCCAUGACAGACCUCCUGGACAUAUGGGCGGCCCACUCGCCCCUGGCCGGCCAUGCUCUGGACCAGAUCACUGUGGAUUUUCUGCUGCCCACUGGUAUCUACAUCCAGAUGGAAGUACCACGCGAGGCCACCAUUCAGCACAUCAAACUGCUUUUAUGGAAGCAGGCUCAGUCAUUCCCACUGUUUCCCGCCCUGGGCGAAAUGGAGAGCCACAUGUUCGAGUGUGUCAACCAGGCAGCCGUUCACGAAGAACUGGAGGACGAAACUCGCAGGCUGUGCGAUGUUCGCCCCUUCCUGCCGGUCCUCAAGCUGGUGACGCGCAAUUGCGGCCGGGCAGAGCGCCUGCUGGACUCCAAAAUCGGCGUGCUCAUUAGCAAGGGUCUCCACGAACUCGAUGGCAUAAAUGACCAGGAGGUGAAGGACUUUCGCAGUAAGAUGUUUCGUAUGAGUGAAGAAAGGAUGCAAAAAGUCCAGAUGAUGACGUGCAUGGAGUGGCUGGAGGCCUGCUUCUCCCCACAGCUGGAGCCCGCACCAGGAACGGCCAUCACCGAUGGGCUCAAUGACCGGCCGACCGACCUGAAAGUCAUCAUCCACUUCGACCAGUCUCAGGUGAGAGUCUGUAGUCCAGUGCUGUAA